AUGUCACCAUAGACUGUAUGGAUGUCACUAAAGAUCAUUACGGAAGUGAACCGGGCGACGAAACAGACAGAAACCCAAACAAGUUGGUGUACGUUUCACUGGUAUUUACAGAUUGUCUAUCAUCAUGCUGGGAGGAGGAUUUAAAGCAGAGAGGCUGAGAGUCAACCUCCGGCUGGUCAUUAACAGACUCAAACUCCUUGAGAAAAAGAAAACUGAGCUUGCUCAAAAAGCAAGAAAAGAGAUUGCAGAUUACCUGUCAUCAGGUAAGGAUGAGCGGGCACGAAUCCGUGUGGAGCACAUUAUCAGAGAAGACUAUAUGGUGGAAGCCAUGGAGAUCCUGGAGCUCUACUGUGACCUCUUGCUGACUCGCUUUGGUCUCAUUCAGUCCAUGAAGGAACUGGACCCAGGCUUACAGGAGGCAGUGUCCACUCUCAUCUGGGCAGCUCCUCGCCUCCAGGCAGAGGUGUCUGAACUAAGAACUGUAUCUGAGCAGCUAUGUGCAAAAUAUAGCAAGGAGUACGGCAAGCUGUGCAGGACAAACCAGAUCGGCACAGUCAAUGAUAGGCUGAUGCAUAAACUGGGCGUGGAGGCCCCUCCCAAGAUCUUGGUGGAGCGCUACCUGAUAGAGAUCGCCAAGAACUACAAUGUGCCAUAUGAACCUGACGCUAUGGUCCGGCCCGAGGUGUCUCUCGGAGAGGAUGCAAACCUGAUUGACGUGGACAAUGACAAGAAGUCUGGAAGAGGAGGAGGAGGAGGGGGUGGUGGAGGUUUCACUGCUCCCAAUGCAGCUAUGCCUAUGCCCAUGUCCAUGCCUAUGCCCAUGCAUAUGCCCAUGCCAACAGCUUUCAACUAUCCACCUCCCAAAGGAGCGGAACCGUAUAAUGCGCCAGUUGGAACCUACAAUGACUUUCAGCACCCCAUGGGAGGCGGGCUGCCCCCUCAGCUGCCCUCUUGUCCCCCCACAUACGAGUCUAUUGAUGACCUAACUGAAAAACCUUUUGUUCCUUCGCAGGCCGUAGGUCCUGGCCCUUCAUCUCAGCUAUUUGACAACAACGCUCUCCCAGAACUCCCCUCUGUUCCCGACACACUCCCCACGUCCUCCUUCGGCAGAAACACCACAAGUUCGGAUGACAUUGAUUUUGACGACUUAACAAGGCGGUUCGAGGAGCUGAAGAAGAAGACCUAAUUGAUAUCACUGGUCUAGACACACACACACACAAACACACACAGACACACACACACACACACACACACACACCUGAGCAAUGAU